GGAGUGUGUGAAAUGGUGCGGUAGUGUCAUUGGACAUUGGUGAUAGUGGAUUGUGGAAUUUUUGAAAGAGAAAUUUCAAAAGCUUCACCAUGAAGAGCUGGCUAGAAGCGACCGGUAUGGAGGACUCUCUGCCCUGCAUGCUGGCGGAACCCAGAGAAGCAUUGCUGCCCAUCACUGGCAGAGAGAACCUGGCACCAAGGAAGAGAGAAAGAACUCUCGAGCCCUGCGCCCUAUCAGAAGAAGCGUACCUCUCCAGCGGGCCAGGGUCGCCCUGUGCCGGUCUAUCCAGGGAAGAACGGAGGAGACGGCGACGAGCUACCCUGAAGUACCGCACCGCCCACGCCACCAGGGAACGGAUCAGGGUGGAAGCCUUCAAUGCAGCUUUUGCAGCUCUUAGGAGACUGUUGCCGACUCUGCCUCCAGAUAAGAAACUGUCCAAGAUAGAGAUCUUGAGGCUGGCUAUUUGUUACAUUGCGUACUUGAACCAUGUGCUGGAGGCUUGAGUAUUAUUGUGGUAUCACAUGAUCUUAUUCUUGAAAAUUUUGGGAGGUUUAUAAUACUUUUUUUUACUUUCCAGACAGUCAAACAG